UUCUGUAAGCUGUCGUCUGCUUCUCAGCUGUUCUGCUUGUGGGCUGUUGCUAUGCGGACCAUUGUCGUCCCAACUUUUGUUUGUUGUUGUUUUUCAAUGGAGAAAGUUAUCUAACGUACUAAUCAUGCUGUCACUGAAGCAUUUUGCGCUCACAUUGUGCAAAGAAAAAAGAUCUGGAUCCGUGAUCAGACAUUUGACUUAUUUCGCUUCAUCACAGUCAAACAGUAUUGGAAACAACAACAAAACUCCCCCACCAAGUAAUCCUAGUGUCAGUUCUUAUUAUAAAGUCAACAAUCAGAGUGCCAUUGACACAGCUGCUGGGAAACCGUCUGUGAGGUUGACCCCUUAUAUGAUCCUUUACUCUGGAAAAAGUCAUGAUGGAAGUCAUUUAUUGAAAAGUGCCCAAUAUUUAUGGAAGGAGCUUCCCGUCAGGAUUGCACAUAGAAUCCAUGAGUUUAGGUCCCUCCCUUUCAUCAUAGGUUGCAAUCCAACCAUACUUGAAGUGCAUGAACUUUAUAUUCGAGCAUUUAAUAUUUUGAACAAUCAUCCUGCAAUUCGAACUGCUGAAGAUGAAGCUGCAUAUAGCCGUUUAUUGAGAGACCUCCUUGAUGAUCAUACACAUGUUGUCACUCAGCUUGCUGCUGGGUUUAAAGAAUGCCGUAAACAUAUUCAAAAUGAAGAUGUGGUGCGGCAGUUUUGCGAUCGGACUUUAACAUCUCGCUUGGGCAUUCGUCUAUUGGUUAUCCAUCACUUAUCGCUACGCGAAGAGAAGCCUCAUCAUGUCGGCAUCAUCAAUAAAUCUGUUCGAUUAAAGGAUCUCGUUGAGAAAUGGGCCGAAUUUACCCGACGUUUAGCAUUUCAUCGUUACGGCAAGUCCCCUGAUAUUCGUUUGAGCGGACACGUCGGCUCAAGCUUCCCUUAUAUUACUCUACCGCUAGAUUAUAUAUUACCAGAAUUGUUUAAAAAUGCUGUACGCGCAACGAUUGAAUCUCAUCCAGACGCUUCAGAAUCGUCGCUGCCAUCAGUUCAUGUUACAAUUGCAAAUAAUGAAGUAGAUUUUAUUCUUAGAAUUUCUGAUCGUGGAGGAGGCAUUCCGCAUGCCGUCCUGCCCAAAGUUAUGUAUUAUAAUUAUACUACAGCGGAAGAGAGUACUGAGCAGCGACUCGCCGUUGAUCCUCUUGGUAACAUCAUUGACGCCAGCAACCCUGGCUCAGGCUCUACCAUGUCUCCCAUGCACGGCUUCGGCUUUGGUCUGCCAACGUCAAGGGCCUAUGCCGAGUAUCUUGGGGGAUCUCUGACAAUUCAGUCCCUGCAAGGUUUAGGGACGGAUGUUUACUUGCGUUUGAAGCAUAUCGACUCAAAGCACGACGCCUUCCGAAUUUAGACCGUGACUCAAACCUAGUUUCUCAUUCGAUUGUUAUCGAAAAGGUUAAGCAUAUGUACCUUUAUGCUACCAUUAUUGGAUCUUACCACUACGGCUUUCAACGCAACUCUUAAUAAUAACUUAAUAAUAGUUAAACGUCAAUCAAACUGCCGUUUCCCUUGUUUUACGUGCAUUGUUUUUUUUCUUUUCAAUCUCGCUGGAAGAGAAUGGUCGCUCGAG